UUAAGGUGGACGUGGCUGGGGUGAAGGACGAGGCAGGAGUCCAUUGUUAGGACUCAACAUGUGCGCGAUUGGAUUAAGUGGCGAGCGACUGCGAUUCAAGGACAAUCAAUGGAACAGCACGAGAGUCCUGGGAGUCCUGGAAGUCCUGUGCCCGUUCCUGUGCCUCGCCACCUUCUGUCCAAAUCGAAGCUAGACCGCGUAACAGAAAUCCAUUAAGGUGACCGUUUUAUUUGCUACAUUAGCGGAGGUCGGGGUGGCGACUUAAAUGCAUGCAUUUAGCCAUCUGGCUGCAUUUCGCCGGCACAAGAGUGUUAAUUGAGACUUCUUUUUAUUGCUUUCGGAGUGGGUAGUCAUGCGGAAUGGUCAGAAUGGCCAGCCCAAGCAGAUAGUCCCAUUACGGAGUUCAAAAGCAAAGGUUUUGCAUGCAAAUCACGAGUUACAGGAAAAGGAUACGUUACAGGAUUCGGGCAGCUGCUACUUGGCGCUGAAGAACGCCCACGUGCCAUAGAAAUGUUGUAGAAAUGCCGGGAAUGCCGUCCCGGAAUUUCCAAUCAAUUUUAAUUGGCACCCCAUCGAUGGAUGACAGCGAGAAGAAAUCCAAAAUAUUUGUACAUAAUUUUAAUUAGAACAUUUUUCUAUUUGCGCAAUUUAUCUUGUGAGCUUGUGCCGCCGGGACACUUUACUUAGAAAACGAACCGGUGGCACACCAGACAUUCAAUGGGUGUCAGUGGCAGUGCAAUAAAUUAUUUUAAACGAGCAUAUCGAAGAUGUGUCGCCCUCUAAAACUCAACUCACACACAUGUCGCCGUUUGGCUACAAAUAUUCCAAAUAUUUUUAUGGCUAGAUCCCUGGAUCCCUGGAUCCCUCGAGCUGGGCGUAGGUAUCGUCGUAGGGAUUUAUGUGCAAUUGGGGGGGACUCGGAAAUAGGAGAUAAAUCUGCUGGCCACUCAAGCGGCCAGCCAAUCAAAGUUGCAGUCACUUAAAUGCUCGCAGCGGGACGCUCUCUCACUCUCUCUCUCUCUCACUCUGCUGCCGGAAAACUCAUUUAAGUUUUCCUCGGCCAGAGAGAUAGGUGAAAAGGAUAAGGUCGACUCCAAGGGAUUGGCCAACUUUGGUCCGGCUUAAUUGCCCAGUGUCCUUGCAGCGAAAGGGGCGCCUUAAUUGCCUCAGCCUCUGAUUCCGAUUCUGAUUCUGACUCCGACUCUGUCUUUUGACUCCAGUGCUUAAUUGCCAUUCAGUCCUUUUUAAUGGACUCCACUGUGCGGGGACAGUGGUCCGUGUUCAUUAAUGACCACCACGGCUAGAUUUCCGCUCACCUCCUUUCGCAACUUUUGCGAAACCCUGUCGAUACCAGAUACCAGAUAGACUUGCAAAUGCCAGCAUUUUAAUGGCAGCAUUUUUGACUUAUCUCUCCAUCUGGGCAUCCUGCAUGUCCUGCGUGGUCCUGUGUGUCCUUCGUGCUCCUUUGGGGCACUCUCAGCUCGUUUGUGUUGCAUAAAUUUGCCCAAAUUGUUUUGCUACCGUCCGAUAAGACGCCGUCGAUGGCAUGACAAUUAGCCCGAAACUACAUUUAAAAUAUUACUUGUGGUCCUCCGCGUCUGUGCUCCUGCAUUCUGUAUCCUGUAUCCUUCAGCCCCUCUCGUCCUUUGCCAGCAUUAAUUGUUUCUUGGGGUCGCCUGUCGAAAGUGCAAACACAAUCGGAUUGCUGAUAUCCCGAGUAUUGACUAUUCGUCGAGAAUGACAACGAGUCAGUGGUUCAUUUUGGGAAAUACAUGUUGAUUUCGAAACUAUAGUCAAGCAAGUAUUAAUUAACAAUUUUCUGUAUCUUGGGUUAUUUCUAAAAGUAGUGUUUUUUGGGAUUUUUUACUUUGGCUUCCAACGGUCUACUUUUUCACAGACGCGUUUAUGGUUCCAACUUAUUGAAAUGAUAACAGCCAGUAAUCGCACUCAACUUAGCAGAGAAAGACUCUGGCAUUUUUCUCGUGUCCAUCGAAUAGACCGUAGUCGAGGCUUCCGAAGUUCAGUCGCAAUCGCAAUCGCAAUGAAGGUGAUCGCAGUGGUUUUGCUCUGUGUUUUGAUUAACCGCACGGCCGGUACAAAAUACCCAGAAUGUCGGAAUCCCAACCAGCGACGUGGACUGUGUGUGUCUAUUUACUUGUGCGUGCCCCUGAACUCGGUAAUAGCGAAGGGUGAACUAACAGACUCUGAGAAGCAGUUCAUCUUCGAAUCCCGUUGCGCCUCAGACCAGAGCAUCCCGCCAGUCAUCUGCUGCACUGCGGAUAAGGACUACGACAGGACGGCAGAUGCCAGAUUGCUUCCCGAUCGGUCCAUCUGUGGUGGCGACGUAGUGCAUCCCCAGAUCCUGCAUGGCACGGAAGCUUUGCUCACGCAAUACGCGUGGAUAGCGCUACUGGAGUACCGUCCACCAAAUGGACUGCAAUUGAGAACGGACUGCGCGGGAUCACUGAUCAAUCACCGAUAUGUUGUAACAGCGGCUCACUGCGUGUCGGAAGGUACCAAAUACCGAAACGGCGACCUAGUCUCUGUGAGAUUGGGCGAGCACGACACUAGAACCGCGGUGGAUUGCCAAAUGGGAGUAUGCCUACCGAGCGCUGUGCGCAUCCCGGUCGAGCAGAUCCACAUCCAUGAGAGCUACGGAAGCCGUACAUACUGGUACGACAUUGCGCUGAUCCGCUUGGCGAGAGAUGUUGCCUACUCGCCCGCCAUUCGACCUGUUUGCUUGCCCUCGACUGUGGCUGUGCAGCACUGGCAGGCCGGCCAGUCGUUUACGGUGGCAGGAUGGGGUAGUACCGAGACCAGCAGGAGGAGCCCUGUCAAGCUGAGUUCGGUGCUCACCUACGUGGAUCCCAAUUGGUGUGUUCACACGUACUCCAAUUCUAUUCCACUGGGCGAAUCGCACCUGUGCGCCAGUGGUAAUGGGCGCGGCGACAGCUGCGAAGGCGACUCCGGCGGACCACUGAUGGCAUUCCAGGAGGGCGUCUGGGUCCUGGGGGGCAUUGUGUCCUUUGGCCAGGAAUGCGGCUCUCACUACUUUCCAGGUGUCUACUCAGAUGUUAUUUUCUACGACAGUUGGAUCAAGGAGACUAUGCGACCAUAAAUGUGUG